GGUGGGGAGAGUUCUUUUCCAAAAGCGUGCAUCGGCUGUCAUCGGAAAAAAAUACCUCUCGGUGAGAAUCGCUUUCUGCGCGUUCUCUGCGUACUCUGGGAAAGAAAGAAAGGAAAAGAAAAACGAAAAAAAAAGAGAGCUCCCUCGAGCAAACCGACAAGUUCGCCGCGUAUUCGCGGAUCAAUCAGCCGUUCUUCACCGCCUCGUGCGCGUACGUAACCCGUUUUUACUCGCAUUUACGUACACAAGUGCCGCGGAACAACGAGAAACGAACGGGCUGAAACGUAGAGACGUAGUCGUGAGGAACGAUCUCGCAGAGUGUAACGCGCGCUACGUGACCGAUAAUGUGACGGAAGAGGUAGAGUUCCGGGGCGCUGCUGUGUGGUCGUUCGCCGAAUUACGGCACGACGUCGCUGCUUGUCGGCGGGAACGUUGAAGUUCCCCGCGAGUGUUGGUCACGAAGACCAGGAGGAAAAGUCGUCCGCCGAACGCGGUAACUGCAUUCUUAUCUGUAAAACGCGCGAUAGUGUAACAGCAUUAAUCGUCGUAGGUUGUAGCUGCAUCGUCGAAUAUCGCUGUGUGCAUGAGCGCGUGUGUGCAUGCACCGUCUACAAACACGUGGUAGAUUAGAUACAGUCAGCGCGAGAGGAUAGCAGUCGGCGUCAAUUCGUUGACGAUUACGGAACGAUCGUAUCUCGCGACGUCGAGGGAGUAUCCCGAGAGUUGUCUCUCCAUCCUUUCCGGCACGAUUUACCGACCAAUUCGAGACGAUCAAACCUUCAAUUCAGGCUUUCGUUCUUGAUCGAUGAAAUUCUCGCUCGUUUCGUCAAACGUGCCUGGGGUGAGAUAAAGGGAAACAACGCGCUCUAUUAGGGAAUAAUAGAUGCUCUUUCUUAAAUCGUCGAAGUAGGUGCAGACAUGUCUUUUCGUGUGGUGCGCAGCAGCAAGUUCCGCCACGUGUACGGGACAGCUUUGAAACGUGAACAAUGUUACGACAAUAUAAGGGUGUCGAAGUCUUCGUGGGACUCAACCUUCUGCGCCGUGAACCCGAAAUUCCUUGCCAUCAUCGUGGAAUCCGCAGGCGGUGGUGCCUUCAUAGUUUUACCGCACAACAAAGUAGGCCGAAUACCAGCAGAUUAUCCAUUGGUUGGUGGACACAAAGGUCCUGUGUUAGACAUUGCGUGGUGUCCUCACAAUGAUAAUGUCAUAGCGUCAGGUUCUGAAGAUUGUGUAGUCAAAAUAUGGCAAAUACCCGAUGGUGGUAUUUCUAGGACAUUAACAGAAUCUGUGGUAGAUCUCCAGCUGCAUCAGCGCAGGGUCGGCCUUGUAUUAUGGCAUCCAUCAGCACUGAAUGUGUUGCUCACAGCUGGGUCUGACAAUCUCGUGUUGAUUUGGAAUGUAGGCACGGGAGAAGCUAUAGUACGAAUAGAUUGCCAUCCAGACAUGAUUUAUUCUGCAUGCUGGAACUGGGACGGAUCCAGAGUAGUUACCACUUGUAAGGAUAAAAAAAUCCGAAUUUUGGAUCCAAGAACUGGAGAGAUAUUGGAAGAGGCUAUUGCACAUGAAGGUAGUAAAGCAACCCGUGCAAUCUUCCUCAGGGGAGGCUUGAUCUUUACCACAGGUUUCAGUAAAAUGUCUGAAAGGCAGUAUUCCCUGCGCGCUCCAGAUAUGUUAGGUGAACCCAUAGUUAUGGUCGAAUUGGAUACAAGUAACGGUGUUAUGUUUCCCUUGUACGACCCUGACACAAAUUUAGUGUAUUUAUGCGGGAAGGGCGAUUCUGUAAUUCGAUAUUUCGAAAUUACCCCUGAACCUCCCUUUGUUCAUUACAUCAAUACGUUUCAAACUCCUGAUCCUCAAAGAGGUAUAGGAAUGAUGCCAAAACGAGGCUGUGAUGUUAAUAGCUGUGAAAUAACUAGAUUCUACCGGCUCAACAACUCGGGCUUUUGCCAGGUUAUCUCUAUGACUGUACCGAGAAAGUCAGAAUUGUUUCAAGAAGAUUUGUAUCCUGAUACUCCUGGUGACACUGCUGCGAUAUCUGCCGAAGAGUGGGAAAACGGAACCGAUGCAGAUCCCAUAUUGAUCUCUUUGAGAGACGGUUAUCAACCCUCGGUAGCCAAGAACGAAUUGAAAGUGCAUAAAAAAUCAAACAUAUUGAGUAAAGGAGCAAAAGUUGCUUCGAAUUCUGCACAGAAUGCACAAGCAUCGGCAGGCAUUACCGAGGAACUUUUGAAGGAAUUUACGGAGGAAAUACGAAAACUGAAAGCGGUGAUCGUGAAACACGAGGGUAGGAUACGGGUGCUCGAAUCCGCCGUUGCUCUUCAAAUGAAAGAAGAAGAAAGAAAGGAGAAGUCAUCUUCACCGACUGACAGAGAAAUGCUUGCAUCCGACGAGGUUCAAUAUGUGAAACCAUCUGUUACUAGCAUUAAGAUUUCAGAUUGUCUAAUAUGCAAUACUUUCAACUCCUACAAUCAUUCAAGAAAAAAAAAGAAACAAGUGUAAAAUAACAAAAUAUGUCUUAUAUCGUCUUAUUUCCGGUAUUACGAGUAAUACACAAUUCAUAUGUAAGUUACAAGAUAACCGAGAAGAAAAGAAUCACUAUUUUAUGAACUUUUGCAAAAUAACAAAUAAUAAGAUCAAAUAUUUUUGACUAAUCUGUUUUUUGACAUUGUGAAAGGAGAUCGUUAAUUUUGUACAAAAAUAACGUGAAUAUAAAACAAUAUUGUAACUGAUUGAAGAGAAUUCUGUAUAUUCUUAAAUGAAACACCCAUUAUUCUAAUAUAUUUAUAUAUUAAUGUGCAAUAUAUUUUAUAAUAUAUAUAUAUAAUAUAUUUUUUUCAGAAUUUAA